AGUGUCUCUGGCCAUCCCAUGAAUAUCCUUAUAAAGCAGGGUAUCAGGAUCCUCAGUUGCACUCACUAUUUCCUCUAUCCAUGAACUCUCAAGUUCAUACUGGGCAGCUCACUUUAAACCUCAUAUUACUAUGUCUGGUUCUUGGCAUCGGUGGUACUUUCCAGUAUGGGCUCCAUAUAUCUCUCAUCAACUCACCUGCAGAGCACAUACAGAAAUUCAUCAACAACACAUGGCAGCAUCGGUAUGGCUCUCCACUACACCCAGAUAAAAUCACUUUGUUCUGGACCUUCAUUGUUUCUGUGUUCAGCAUUGGCGGAUUGUUGGGAUCCUUAAUUGUUGGAUACCUCUCUGUUAGAUUUGGAAGAAAGAAGACUCAACUGUUCAAUAAUGUCUUUGCUUUGUUGGGUGCUGCUCUGAUGAUGCUGAGUCCAGUUGCAAAGUCAUUCGAGAUGAUUAUAGCAGGAAGGUUCCUGUAUGGGGUCAAUGCAGGUGUAAGUUUGAAUUUGCACACAAUGUAUAUCGGUGAGUGCGCCCCCAAGAGGCUCAGAGGGAUCUCUGUAACAGUGUCUUUAUUCAUUGCCUUAGGGAAGUUGAUGGGUUUUGUUGUAGGACUGAGAGAAUUCCUGGGUUCAGAGACUCUGUGGCCCUACCUCAUGGCUUUCAGUGCAGUUCCAGCUCUUAUCCAGUUGCUGACACUGCCCUUCUUCCCAGAGUCCCCUCGUUACCUUCUCAUUGAUAAGGGCAACAAGAAAGACUGUCUCAAAGCUAUGCAACAGUUGUGGGGUACAGGGGAUCAUGUGGUGGAGAUUGAUGACAUGUUGGCUGAGAAGAAUACACUAGAAGGAAAGCCCAUGAAAAGCAUUAGGGAUCUCUUGAUGGAGCGCUGUGUGCACUGGCAGAUGAUUUCGAUAGUUCUGACGAGUGGAGCCAUUCAACUUACUGGCAUCAAUGCGGUAUACUUCUAUGCCUAUGAUGUGUUUCGAAAUGCUGGAAUUCCAACCCCUCAGAUUCCAUUUGUCUCACUUGGAAUUGGAGUUACCGAGGCAUUGACUACAGUGCUCUGUGGAUUUGUUAUUGAUCGACUGGGAAGGAAGCCCUUACUCUGGAUAAAUUAUGGAGUUAUAACAGUGACCCUUUCAUUUCUCACUGCUACACUCUCUCUUCAGGACCUGUACAGCUGGAUGCCUUAUUUCUCUUCUGCGCUUAUCUUCAUCUUUACUCUCAGUUUUGGCCUUGGUCCAGGUGGUGUAUGCUGUGUCAUCCCUACUGAAAUGUUUGUACAGUCAUAUAGACCAGCCGCGUAUGCUUUAAUAGGAAUUCUGAAUUGGAUAGGACUAUUUGUUUUGGCUGUGAGCUUCCCUUUCAUGGAGGCAGCCUUGGGCGCUUUCUGCUUUGUUUUCUUCAUCAUUUUCUGCAUAUGUAUGGCUGUAUUCUCAUUUUUAAUAUUGCCAGAGACAAAAAACAGGAGCAUCCUGGAGAUUGUGGAGUCAUUUAAUCAGAUGAACUUUAAGCACCAGAAGAGAAAUGCUGUAUGUUCCACCAGACUCUAGGAUAACAAUGGGCAUUCUUAUCAGAAGCUGUAUGUUAGGGUGACAUGUUGUACAAUAUGUGAUAUCCAUUUACAGGCAGGUGCGGAGUAACUGAUAACUGACCUGUGCCCAAAGUUACAUAGUUAAUUUGGGUUUAACCCCUCCAAAGAACCACAGUGCACAUAUACUUGUACAGACCACUUCCUAUACUAAACUAACUGUAGUAAUAAUAACUAACUAACUGUAAUAAUAGUCUUGGAUAUUAUACUUGUUAUACUUGUUCAAGAAAUCAUCCAAACCUCUGCCGUCACAACACCACUUGGCAGGGCAUUCCACAACCUCACAGCCACCUACGCUGCUUCAAUUAAAACUCAGUUCCUUAAAGGGGACCUGUCGCCCAGACAUAAAAAGCGGUAUAAUAAAAGUCCUUUUCAAAUUAAA